UUCGAAAACUCGAUCCAACCCGAUUCAGCUCGCAACGCGAAGAGUCGCGAAGCCAUUCCUGACGAUGGCUCAGUCAAAACAGUUUUGCUCGGUAAUAAAAUCAGUUUGUUCUCUUUAUUGCUUGUGAACAGUAAAAAUCGGUCUCCUCGUUGAUAAUUCGUGGUGUUUUCGAUCUACUGAGUGUACAAUUUCCGUCGAAAAAGAGCUAUGCUGUGAAAAAGUUUCGUGGAGCCAUCGCCAAAAACAAACCCCAAUUUGCUCUUCCCGAAAGCUAUGACUCAGAGCCUCAAGGACACAAUGAAGUCCGGAUUUAUCUAUUUUCUGCUGAUCUGUGGAUUUCUUUUCACCACAUUCUACAACGUUGCAUCAGAGGUGGAACUUCCCGCUGGUCUGUCGUCUGUGGGACCCCCGGCAAAGGAACCAGAUGUUAACUUGAGCACCGUCAUUCCUUCGGAACCGCAACAGAAAAAGGACGAUUCGGUGAAGGAACUGCCGAAGAAUGCCACGACAACAAUGUCCCCGGAAAAGAACGCCGUCGAGCAGGAACACUACAGCUCGAUGUCGAUAUUCUUCGUGCUGUGCGUGAUUGCGCUGGGGAUUCUUCUGAUCCACAUGAUGCUGCAGACCGGAUUCCAGUAUCUUCCGGAGAGUAUCGUAGUGGUGUUCUUGGGCGCCCUGAUAGGGCUAAUCCUGAACAAUUCCUCCGUGAAGAAUAUUGCUAACUGGGAGCGGGAGGAGGUGUUCUCACCUACGGCAUUCUUUCUGGUCUUGUUGCCGCCGAUUAUCUUCGAGUCCGGUUACAAUCUGCACAAGGGUAACUUUUUCCAGAACAUCGGCUCGAUUCUGGUGUUUGCCAUCAUUGGCACGACCAUCUCUGCGCUGGUCAUCGGCUCCGGAGUGUACCUUCUCGGCCUGGCGGAAGUAGCCUACCGGUUGAACUUCGUCGAAUCGUUUGCCUUUGGAUCACUCAUUUCAGCCGUAGAUCCAGUGGCCACAGUUGCCAUAUUCCACGCCCUGGAUGUAGACCCGAUACUAAACAUGCUGGUCUUCGGGGAGAGCAUCCUCAACGAUGCCAUCUCCAUUGUCCUGACAACGACGGUGAUGCCGAUGGUUUCCGGUUCCGGUGGCCCGGAAGGAACCGGAGAGUCGAUCAUCUCCGCGCUGAACACGUUCUGUUUGAUGUUCUUCGCGUCGGCCGGAAUUGGAGUGGUGUUUGCGCUGAUGGGCGCCCUGCUGCUCAAACACGUGGACCUGCGGAAGCAUCCCUCGCUGGAGUUUGGGCUGAUGUUGGUGUUCACGUAUGCGCCCUAUGUGCUGGCCGAGGGCAUUCAUUUGUCAGGCAUCAUGGCAAUCCUCUUCUGCGGCAUCGUAAUGUCCCACUACACCCAUUUCAACCUGUCCACGGUUACUCAGAUCACGAUGCAGCAGACGAUGCGAACGUUGGCCUUUGUGGCGGAAACCUGCGUCUUUGCCUAUCUGGGACUGGCAAUCUUCUCGUUCAAGCAUCGCUGCGAGCUUUCGUUCGUCAUCUGGGCAAUCAUUCUCUGUCUAAUUGGCCGGGCGUGCAACAUUUUCCCCCUGGCGUGGUUGGUUAAUCGAUUCCGAGAGCACAAGAUCACCAACAAGAUGGCUUUCAUCAUGUGGUUUUCGGGCCUGCGGGGCGCAAUUUCCUAUGCACUUUCGUUGCACUUGCAGUUCUCGAGCGAGGAAACGAGACAUGUCGUCAUUACGACCACGUUGAUUAUCGUGCUCUUUACGACACUGUUCUUCGGGGGAUCGACCAUGCCUCUGAUGAAGUAUCUGUCCGGGGGGAAGAAGAGCCGCAAGAGCAUCCGAAGCAGCCGGCUCGGAAGGAAGAAGAAGGAGAAGGUACUGUCCCUGAGUAAGACACGUGAGUGGGGCCAAGCCAUCGACUCGGAACAUUUGUCCGAACUGACCGAAGAGGAGGAGGUGAGCUUCACGCAGUCCAAGCUGGUCGGAUUCGCGCGGUUGGAUAGGAAGUAUUUCACGCCGUUCUUCACCAGGAGGUUCACGCAUCAGGAAUUGCACGACUGCAAGAGCCAAAUGGCCGACCUGACGAACAAGUGGUACCAAGCGAUUCGAAUAUCGCCGGACGAUCUGGACGAGGAGGACGAAGAGGAUGAAGAUGUAGUAUCGGUUGCCGCAUCCGAUCGUUCGACGAACGGUUUGGUCGAUAAUGGCGGUCGUUCCACCCGCGGAAAGGGCCAGAGCAAUGCUACAACGGCAUCGGCUGGCGCUCCCAGUCGGGCAAAGUCCUGAUUGAGACAGCAACUGGAAGACGACAGCUCACUUUACAACACCUCACUGGACGUUGGAUCGGAAAUAUUUCUGUGAGCUAGUCUGUCGGGUGGCGGUCGGUAGGUAGGCUAUGAGUGUAUAUUUAUAUAUUUAUUGAAGGAAAAAAGUCAAGUCUAAAAAUGAUUUCGGGCAAUUGUGCUGUGAUUAUUGAGGAAAUCGUUUGUGGUAACUUGAAACGGGAAAGGGUCAACAAAGCUAGUUAACCAAAAUGGAAAUUUUUAAAACCGGACAACAUGAGUGCAAUGAAUGUUAUGUAUAUCUUGUAGCUAUAUGAUGUUAUAUGAAUAAUACAGGCGCUGAAGAGUUUCAGCGUUUGUGCAAAGUGAUACGAAGCAAACCAAACUAGUCGAAUGAUCAGUUUUCAAAGCUACACUCUCCACUAAUAAUGGUUUUUUGAAUACCUUCUAACACUAGCGGCAGAUCAUUCCAAAAUUGAACGUAGCUCUGCACAAAUUUCGCAAACUCUAACGUAGAAUAUUCAAACUGAACAGUAUAUCUUCAUCCACUUGGAAGCUUAUGAAUUAUUAUAACAUCUAUUAAAAUCCUUUGAAGAGUUAUGUUUGAUCGUUGUUGUAAUGUAAUAUACUUAUUGUAGUGUAAUAUAUA